AUGGCUGCGUCGAAGCUCGGCUCCAAAGAUGCAUCCACACGCCCAACCGUCGGCUCAACGCUCGACGCGAGCGCGCUGACGCCACCUGCUUCGCGUUUCACGAUCGAUAAAAUACCCACAGUGCACCCACCGCGUUCGAUGCGGCAGAUCGACCCGCGUCGCGACGCGUGCUGCGACGAGAAGAUGCGAUGGCUGCGUCGAAGCUCGGCUCCAAAAAUGCAUCCACACGCCCAACCGUCGGCUCAACGCUCGACGCGAGCGCGCUGA